AUGGAUAGUGCUAUCUCUCAAAUUCAAACUCUUGCUCGCGAGGCUGGCCCAGCUGACAAGGCCAGGUUCCAGAGUGUUCUGCGCCAGGCCUUGUCUGACCUGGAGAGUCCACAGGACUCUCUGAUUCAGUUAUACAAUGGACAUCUACGCAUUGCGGUUGUCCGUCUAGCUAUCAGCUCAGGCCUGUUCCGAUCGCUUUCCCAGAGUCAGGACGCUCUAUCAGUCACCCAGCUGGCAGAACACUGCACAGCUGACUAUGGACAUAUAGAAAGAAUACUGCGUUACCUUGCAUCGAACAAUAUAAUCGAAGAAGUGGGACAAGGACAGUUCAAAGCCAACAAGACAACUCAUAUCCUGGCAGACGGAAAAGCAGGAAUAUUUGCCAGCCAUUCCUUCGACUUCACCGGCCGUAUCGUCCAAGCCUUCCCAGAAUUUAUUAUCGAAAACAACUACGAAGACGUUACUGACGGCACCAAGACGCCCUUCCAAAAGGCGUUUGAUACUGACCUCCAUUGCUUUUCAUGGCUUGCCCAGUACCCAGAGCUUGUAGAACAGAUGCAGCAGGUGAUGAAAUCAUUCCGCUCAGGCGAUUGGAUUCAAGGGUUCGAUCAGUUUGAAAAGGAUGCUCUUGAUUCAGAAGACCAAUCAGAAAGAAUAUUUCUUGUGGACGUUGGCGGCGGUUCAGGCCACCAGUGUAUUGAGGUGCGAGACAGAUAUCCAGGACUCCACGGACGACUUGUAGUGCAGGACCUCCCAGAGGUCGUCAAGGAAGCUCCCGAGAUUCCCGGAGUGAAGAUAGAAGCGAACGAUAUGUUCCAGGAACAAAAGGUCAAAGGAGCCAAAUUCUACUAUCUCCGCCGCAUCUUCCACGACUGGCCCGAUGCCCAAUGUAUCCAAAUCCUGAAGAACCUACGCUCUUCUAUGGCUAGUGACUCGCAGGUUCUCAUUGAUGAAGUGGUUUUGCCAGAGACCAACGUCCCUUGGCAGACGGCAAUGGCUGAUCUGGCGAUGAUGAUCUUGCUCGGUGGGAGGGAGCGGACCCAGAAGCAGUGGGCAGCACUUGCUGAGCAGUCAGGACUGCGGAUUGCGUAUAUCCAUGCGUAUAAUGACCCUGUGGCGUUUCAUUCGGUGGUUGUGCUUGAAUUGGACCAUGUCUAG